AUACGCUAGCACAGGCUGGCUGGCUGGCUGCUAGGGGCUGCUCAGUACUUCUGCGGGAGAAGAACAGAGGCUGCUAUGGAGCAGGGGAAGCGUCUGGCUGGCCUCAUCCUGGCUAUCACUCUUCUUCAAGGUACUGUGGCACAGUUGAAUGAAGUAAAAGUGGAUGACAAUCAAGAAGAUGGUUCAGUAAUUCUGACUUGUGACAUGAAUGAAAAUGUUAUCAGAUGGUUUAAAGAUGAGGUGGAAAUAAGUCCUGUAAACACAAGUAAAAAGACUUGGAAUCUUGGAAGUAGUACCAAGGACCCUCGAGGGAUAUAUUGGUGUCAAGGAUCAAAGAACCGUUCAAAACCACUCCAAGUAUAUUAUAGAAUGUGUCAGAACUGCAUUGAGCUGAAUUUAGCCACUGUGUCUGGCUUUAUCUUCGCUGAAAUCAUCAGCAUUUUCCUCCUUGCUGUUGGGGUCUACUACAUUGCGGGACAGGAAGGAGUUCGCCAGUCAAGAGCUUCAGACAAGCAGACACUGUUGUCCAAUGACCAGCUCUAUCAGCCCCUUAAGGAAAGGGAAGAUGACCAAUACAGCCACCUUCAAGGAAACCAUUUGAGGAAGAAUUGAGCCCAGAACUCAGAGUAGAUUUGCCUUUUCUGGAUGAAUGGAGUCAUACAAUAUGCUGCUCUGGACAUUCUCUUACAAGUCUUCGUGUGGACAUAUGUUUUCAUUUGUCUGGGUUGAUAUCUAGGAGUGAAGGAUUGCUGGGUUGUAUGGUAAAUUUAUGUAUAACAUUUUAAGAAACUGCCAGUUUGCCAAACUUGCUGUUCCAUUUUACAUUCCCACCGGCGAUGGAUGAAUGAGGUUCCUGUUUCUCCACAUCUUCACAAAUAUUUGUUACUAUCUUUUUUAGUAUAGCCAUUCUAGUAGAUGUAAAAUAGUGUCUUAUUGUGGCUUUAAUUUGCAUUCCCUAACGACUAACGAUGUUGAACAUCUUUUCAUGUGCUUAUUAGCUAUGCUUAUCAUAUCUUUAGUGAAGCGUGUGUUCAAAACUUUUUUUUAAUUAAGUUGUUUUUCUUCUUACUAUUGAACUGUAAAAGUUCUUAUAUAUUUUUGAAUACAAGUCUUUUAUCAGCUACAUGAUUUGCAAAUAUAUCUACCAGUCUGUGACUUGUCUUUUCAUUUUCUUAGUGGUGUCUUUUGAAGUGCAAGAGUUUUUAAUUUUGCUGAAGUCUGUUUUAUCCAUUUUUUUAAUGGAUUGUGCUUUUAGUGUCAUGUCUAAGAAAUCCUUGCCAAACCCAAGGCCACAAAGAUUUCUCAUAUGUCUUGUUUUUACAGUUUUAUUUCUAACAAUAAAUGUCAUUUUGAACAUUAAGACUAUUUGUAACAAAUACAAAUAAAUGGAAUUGUAGGACCAUAA